GUUAACGGAACGAAAUCAGUCUUUGGAGUAGCCUAGCCUAGCCUAGCCUAGCUCACAAUCAGUAGACAGGCCUACUUCGAAAAACCGAGACUGCAGCUCGUGAACAGUGCUGCACUCGGGGCUACUUUGCUCUGUAUCAGUGAAAAUAGCUAUUAAAGACGUGUGUUUUGCGAUAAGCUGGAGCCUGAAUAUGGAUUUCGCAGUAGUACGUGCCUCCAAGCCAGAAGAUUGCAAAGAUGUUUCUAGAAUGAUUAUGGACUUGGCCAUAUAUGAGAAUAUGCCAGACCAGGUGAAGAUUUCGCAGAAAGAGCUGGAACAAGAUGGCUUUUCUGCAUUCCCCUUCUUUCACUGCCUUGUUGCAGAGGUCCCUGAGGAACACAAGAGCAAAGAAGGACAUACAACGGUGGGCUAUGCCUUAUACUUUUACACCUACAGCACAUGGAAAGGACGGUCAGUGUUUUUGGAGGACCUUUACGUGAUGCCAGAAUUCAGAGGGAAGGGCAUUGGAAAGGCACUACUAAGCAAAGUGGCUGCGGUGGGUAAGGAACAGCAGUGUGCGCGCCUGCAGUUUACAGUGCUGGACUGGAACACUCCGUCCCUGGACUUCUACUUCUCCAAGGGAGCCCAGGACCUGACCGCCACUGAGGGCUGGCACUUACUCCGAUUUGACGGGGAAGCACUUGACAGACUGGCGAACGAAGCACCCAAAAUGAACCUUUAAGCUCCCUGUCCCCACCGCCAUUCCUUCAAAUUGAAAGGCUUGAUUUCUUUUCUUUCUUUUCUUUAGUGUUAAUUUGAUCUACAGUGAAGUUAAACAUUACACCCUUUCUGUCAUUUUAAUAUAAUGACAAAGUAAAACCUGUAUGUGUUAUUUGUCACACAAGGUUAGAUUUAUCUACUGUUAGGACAUUAGGGUUCGUUAAGUAUGUCUUAAAAGAAUAACUUGGUGGUUGGUCAUACUUUCAAAAUUUCAAAAUUCAUAUUAUGUGUACCAUAAAGUGUUUCAAAUAAGUAAUUACUCUGACCAAUAGGAUUUGAACUGUUCCAAUCACAAGCUGCACCUAGUGAUCAUAUUGGCAAUUGACUGUAAUGAAAACUGUCUUUACAUUUUUGUCAUUACCUACAAUAGCGAUUUAUCUUUUCACACCAGCUGAACAUUGCUAGCACACUGCAUUGUUUCAGUCACAUUCAAAUUGAGUCAACUCAGGAAUUUAAAUAUAAUUUAUACCCUGAGGAGGUUUGAGUUAAUUUACUUUGUUUUGGUUAAUUUCCUGAAUUGGCUGAAAUUAAAUGGAAUUGGCCCAUACUCUAAUAUACUGCACAAUAAAAUUAGUACUUGAAUCCUUAAA